UGAGGACAUUGUCAUCUUAAAACAGGAAAGUAAUCAAAACAGACUGGUUACACAAGUUUGAAAAAUGCUGUUGUCUAGAAUAUCAAUAUGGAGCUAAUCUCUACGUCCUGCAUCCGAGAUAAGUUCUAGGCAAGCAUUAGCUAAAUUAAACAGUUCCUUACUUUUACUGAGAACCGCUGGAAUCCCCUGAAGGACAUUGUGAGAACAGUAGACUACUUGGCAAGUUUUCUGCCAAAAUAUUUCUCCAUACUUUAUAGUGAUUUUACAUAGUCAGAAACUCACUCUAUUAUUGUUGUAUAUUUUUAGUUGCAUCAGUCAGCCAUCCAUUUGUAAAAUACAUAAGAAUGAUAGAUGAUGAUGGCACACUUUAAAAGGCUAUAAUCAGUUUUCACUUUUAUAUAGAUUCUUCACAGGGACAAUCUGUGAUAUUUUAGAAGGCGUCUUAGAAUUUCCAAAAAAAAAAGAGAAAUCUAUAAAAAAUGUUAACUAAAACGUCUGUUUUUAGCAAUGCAUAGUUUAAAUUUUUUUUUGAAUAUUUCUUUGUGGCGACUGUCUCAAAUGGUUUCCAUCAAUUGUUGCAACAGAUUGUUUUACUGUGAAAUUUUUGACCGGCAGUUGUGUUCUUUAUCUCAUGUUUAGUGUACGCUAGACACAUACCCGAUGCACAUUAUUAUGCACAUUGUUAAAUUCCAAUCGCAGUGCCUUUCAGGUUUUGUCUCAGUAAAUUUGGAAUGAGUAACGCAUUUUUAUUUAAAAAAUAAAAACCGAUCAAGCUGGAUCACGAAAAUGCUCUUAUAUUGAAAUUAAUUACGGAAGUGUGUUUAUUCGGCGGAGCUUGAUCCCGGUGUGGGGCGCUCUCCUCCUUGUUGCUAUGGAAACAGGGCCGGUCCAGGUGGAGCCACUGGCUGGCAUCGUCUCGGUCACGUGGGGGGGUCUCUGGAUAAGAAGCAGUGGAGAAAGUGGUGUCUGAACAUUAUUGUUAACAGAGUUCAUGGAGAAGCUGGUCGACUGUGAUUUCUGCUCGGUUAACGAUAAAAACAAGCUAACAGCGGCGAGUUUUUCUUUUCUUUCUUACUUCGGGCGAGCAGGCUCGAAGAAUUGUUCAGUGUUUAGUCUGUAUGGGAGCGGAAAUUAUGUUUGUUGGCGCUUUUUGAAGGAAAAUAUGUCUUGACUCCUCACGCUGACAGUCCGCGAUAUUUUGUCUCCUGUGGUCUUCUGUGCUAAAGUGCCAUUUAUUUAUUUAUUUAUUUAAAGAGGUUUUGGUAGAAAACGCGUCCUGUAGCAUGGACUUGAAGCGUUGACGCCAGUAUAUUUCAGCUUCUAGUGAGGACCGGGGCAGUCAGUCGAAGGAGGAACACCCAUGGAAAAUGAUGCAUCAUGGAAUCUGAUAAUCUAAACUUUGAACACCAUUUUCAUGUCGUGGAGAGUGACAGCAUGGGAAGCAGCAGAGGCAAGGAGAGAACAGACUAACGUUGGUGAAAAACAUCCACCCUCUCCUUAUUUUGUUGUGAAUGUUUGACUCUUCUGUUCGUGGACGAUACACGCACCUAAAGGACCUGGGAGACGGGACGACAGUGUGUGUUGUGAUGCUUCUUCUCCAUUUCUUUUCUGGUGUCAGUUUUGGUUUCUCCAGCAAGAUCUGUACUAUCCCAGUAUGGCUCGCUUUGAAGACGAACUGUCCAGCCGCUAUGGAGGCAGCUGUCCCGCGGGCCCGGCCAGAGGUGCCAGCCGGCCGCCGGGGCCUCCCGGGGGCCAGAGGAUGUACAAGCAAACGAUGGCCCAGAGAGCCAGGACCAUGGCCAUUUACAACCCCAUUCCUGUCAAACAGAACUGCUUCACCGUUAACCGUUCUCUCUUCAUCUUCAGUGAGGAUAAUAUCAUACGGAAAUAUGCCAAAAAGAUCACCGAAUGGCCUCCAUUUGAGUACAUGAUCCUUGCCACCAUUAUAGCAAACUGCAUUGUGCUGGCCUUGGAGCAACACCUACCAGCCUUAGACAAAACACCAAUGUCAGAGCGUUUGGACGACACAGAGCCCUACUUUAUUGGAAUAUUUUGUUUUGAGGCUGGCAUCAAGAUCAUCGCCCUGGGCUUUGCCUUUCACAAAGGCUCCUACCUGCGUAAUGGCUGGAAUGUAAUGGACUUUGUGGUGGUCCUAACUGGGAUCCUGGCCACUGUGGGGGCUGAUUUUGAUUUAAGAACACUGAGGGCGGUGAGAGUCCUGCGGCCACUCAAGCUGGUCUCUGGCAUUCCAAGCCUUCAGGUGGUAUUGAAGUCAAUUAUGAAAGCUAUGGUACCACUGCUGCAGAUCGGCCUGCUGCUCUUUUUUGCCAUCCUCAUGUUCGCCAUCAUUGGCCUCGAUUUCUAUAUGGGGAAGUUCCAUCGCACCUGCUUCAGGAUAGACACAGGCGAGCAGGCAGCAGAUUUCCCCUGUGGUCUGGAGCCUCCGGCGAGGACCUGCAGCAAUGACACCGCCUGCAAGGAGUACUGGAUCGGACCCAGCUUCGGCAUCACCAACUUUGACAAUAUCCUCUUCGCUGUUCUCACUGUGUUCCAGUGUAUCACCAUGGAGGGAUGGGUGGAAAUCCUCUACAACGCCAAUGAUGCCUCAGGGAACACAUGGAAUUGGCUGUACUUCAUCCCCCUCAUCAUCAUCGGCUCCUUCUUCAUGCUCAACCUGGUGCUAGGUGUGCUAUCAGGUGAGUUUGCCAAGGAGAGAGAACGGGUGGAGAAGAGGCAAGAAUUCCUGAAGCUCCGCAGACAACAGCAAAUAGAGAGAGAGUUAACAGGGUACCUGGAGUGGAUCUGCAAAGCAGAGGAGGUGAUGCUGGCUGAGGAAGACAAGAACGCUGAGGAGAAAUCUCUGGAUGGAGCAUGGUACAAAAGGAAACACAAUAACUCUGUGCUGAAAAGGACCAAGAAGAGUAAGAACGAUCUCAUCAAUGCAGAGGAGGGAGAGGACCACUUCACUGACAUCUCAUCUGUUGCCCCCCCAGGGUCGCCGUUCGCCCGGGCCAGCGUGAAGAGCAAGAAUGAGAGCUCAUCCUACUUCAAGAGGAAAGAAAAGAGGAUUCGCUUUACCAUCCGCCGCCUGGUCAAGUCCCAGAGCUUCUACUGGACUGUGUUGUGUUUGGUUGGCCUCAACACGUUGUGUGUCGCCAUCGUACACUAUGACCAACCCGAGUGGCUCACCUAUGCACUAUACCUGGCCGAGUUUGUGUUCCUGGGCCUGUUUCUGGCAGAGAUGUCCAUGAAAAUGUAUGGCCUCGGACCCCAGAACUACUUCCACUCCUCAUUCAACUGCUUUGACUUUGGGGUCAUUAUUGGCAGUAUCUUUGAGGUGAUCUGGGCUGCCAUCAAACCAGGGGCCUCAUUUGGGAUCAGUGUCCUGCGGGCUCUGAGACUGCUCAGGAUCUUCAAAGUCACCAAGUACUGGAACUCUUUGAGGAAUCUGGUGGUAUCACUGCUCAACUCCAUGAAGUCUAUCAUCAGCCUUUUGUUCCUCCUCUUCCUCUUCAUUGUGGUCUUUGCUCUGCUGGGCAUGCAGCUGUUUGGUGGCCAGUUUAAUUUUGAAGACGAAACGCCGACAACCAACUUUGACACGUUCCCGGCUGCGAUUCUCACCGUCUUCCAGAUCCUAACCGGGGAGGACUGGAAUGCAGUCAUGUACCAUGGGAUCGAAUCACAGGGCGGUGUUCACGGGGGAAUGUUCUCCUCCAUUUAUUUCAUUGUUCUCACUCUCUUUGGAAACUACACGCUCCUCAAUGUGUUCUUGGCCAUUGCUGUCGAUAACCUUGCAAAUGCCCAGGAGCUCACUAAGGAUGAAGAGGAGCAAGAAGAGGCCAUCAAUAAGAAGCUUGCACUCCAGAAGGCCAAGGAGGUAAAGGAAGUCAGCCCCAUGUCGGCCGCAAACAUUUCCAUCACAGCUUUUCUAACACGCAGUCGAGGUAACGCGCACUCUAGCAGCUCAUCCAUCUGCAGCGUUAACUCACUUAAGGAGCAGCAGAAGUCAAUGAAGACGAUGUCAGUGUGGGAACAGAGGGCCAACCAGCUGAGGAGGCAGAAUCGGGCGAGCUGUGAGGCCCUCUACUGUGAGCUGGAGCCUGAGGAGCGUCUCCGAGUGUCCUCAGCCCUCCACAUCCGACCCGACAUGAAAACCCACCUUGACCGACCACUGGUUGUUGAACCUCGUGAUGGACCUUUGGUGGGCGGCCACACACACCACCAUCACAAGCCCUGUGUGCCAGAGGAGGCUGAGAGCGCCGCUGACCCUCCUCCUGCUGUGCCUCACCAAACCCGACGCCACCACCGCCACAGAGACAGCAAUCGGACAAGAACAAAUGAUAAUGGUGACACCAGUAAGGAUGGGGUUCACCACGUCCAUCACAGCCGCUCCAAAGACCAUGACGGCAGCCGUGGCAAAGAAGGGAAAACUGAGAGGUCCCGUAGCCGAGAGGGAGGCAGGAGGCAUCACCAUCAGAGCUCAGUGGAUGACAGUGGAGGUGGAGUCACAAGUGAGAGAGAGCAUCGACAUCAUCAUUCACAUCGGCAGUCCCGAGGGGGCAAUGGGACUGUAAACAGCGGAGGGAGGGGAGAGCGGAGAUCCCGCCACAAAGAUGGACGUUCAUCUAACAGGGAUGGGGAUAAGAGUUCCAGAGGAGACUGUGGUGUCAGUGGAGAAAGGAGGAGACAUCGGACUCAUGGAUCCAGGGGCCAGUCCGCAGUUGAAGGAGAGGAGUCCAAUGAGAGAGAGAAGACGAACACACACAGGGAUAGGUUUGGUGACUCAGAGGGGGAGUCCCUUGCUAUGUCCCCCCAGCAGGGCCAACCAGAGGACUCAGAUAACCAGAGGAACGUCAGACGGACUGGCCAAACUUCCAUCCAAAUUCCUCCUGUGACUGUUACCUCCCCACCUGGAGAGACCACCCUCAUACAGCUGAACAGUAUUGACUGUGAGACUUUGCCCAUGAAUGAGAAGACCCUGGAGGAUCUAGGUCAAAGUGGACCCAAACCCAUCCUGCCUUACAGUUCCAUGUUCAUGUUUGGACAGACCAAUCCGGUGAGGCGGUUAUGUCACUACAUUGUGACUCUGCGUUACUUUGAGAUGUCCAUCCUGGUUGUCAUUGCUAUGAGCAGUAUCGCUUUGGCAGCGGAGGACCCUGUCUGUAGCAACGCCCCUCGCAACAAUGUGCUCAAAUAUCUGGACUACGUCUUCACUGGCGUUUUCACUUUUGAGAUGGUGAUCAAGAUGGUGGACCUUGGCCUGCUGCUUCAUCCUGGAUCCUACUUCAGAGACCUGUGGAACAUUCUGGACUUCAUAGUGGUCAGUGGGGCGCUGGUGGCUUUUGCAUUUUCGGGGACCAAAGGCAAAGACAUCAGCACUAUCAAGUCGCUGAGAGUUCUCCGUGUGCUCAGGCCUCUCAAGACAAUCAAACGCCUGCCAAAACUCAAGGCGGUGUUUGACUGUGUGGUCAACUCUUUGAAGAACGUGCUGAACAUCCUCAUCGUUUACAUCCUCUUCAUGUUCAUCUUUGCUGUCAUCGCAGUUCAGCUCUUCAAGGGAAAAUUCUUCUACUGUACAGACGAGUCCAAGGGCCUGGAGAAGGACUGCAAAGGACAGUUCCUAGACUAUGACAAAGACGAGGUGGCCGCCAUGCCCAGAGAAUGGAAGAAAUAUGAGUUCCAUUAUGACAAUGUGCUGUGGGCCUUCCUCACCCUCUUCACUGUCUCCACUGGGGAGGGCUGGCCAACUGUCUUGAAGCACUCUGUGGAUGCCACUUUUGAAGACCAGGGUCCCAGUCCAGGAUAUCGAAUAGAAAUGUCUAUCUUCUAUGUGGUCUACUUUGUGGUCUUCCCGUUCUUCUUUGUCAACAUCUUUGUUGCUUUGAUCAUCAUCACGUUCCAGGAGCAGGGAGACAAGGCCUUGUCUGAGUGCAGCUUGGAGAAGAAUGAGAGGGCUUGUAUUGACUUUGCCAUCAAUGCCAAACCUCUGACACGGUACAUGCCUGAGAACACACAGUCCUUCCAGUACAGGAUGUGGAAGUUUGUGGUCUCAGCUCCGUUUGAGUACUCCAUCAUGAUCAUGAUUGCUCUCAACACCGUAGUACUCAUGAUGAAGUUCCAUGGAGCUCCAGACUUCUACGAAGCAAUGCUGAAGAACCUCAACAUAGUCUUCACCACUCUCUUCUCGCUGGAAUGUGUCCUGAAGAUUAUUGCUUUUGGUCCACUGAACUACCUAAAGGACGCCUGGAAUGUGUUUGACUUUGUGACAGUGUUGGGCAGCAUCACUGACAUCCUGGUGACUGAAAUCAAUACUACGGACAGGCUGCUGAACCUGAGCUUCCUACGGCUGUUCAGAGCUGCUCGGCUCAUCAAGCUGCUGAGGCAGGGCUACACCAUCCGCAUCCUGCUGUGGACCUUUGUCCAGUCCUUUAAGGCCCUACCUUACGUUUGUCUGCUGAUUGCUAUGCUGUUCUUUAUUUAUGCCAUCAUUGGGAUGCAGGUGUUUGGCAACAUUGAUCUGAAUGAUGACACAGCUAUCAAUCACCACAACAACUUCCGCACUUUCCUCCAAGCUCUCAUGCUGCUGUUCAGGAGUGCAACUGGCGAGGCCUGGCACGAGAUCAUGUUGUCGUGUUUGAGCCACCGACCCUGUGACAAGCUAUCGGGGUCCCAUGGGAAAGAAUGCGGCAGUGAUUUUGCCUACUUCUACUUCGUCUCCUUUAUCUUCCUCUGCUCAUUUCUGAUGCUGAACUUGUUUGUGGCUGUCAUAAUGGAUAACUUUGAGUACCUAACCAGAGACUCUUCCAUCCUGGGGCCUCAUCACCUCGAUGAGUUCAUCCGGGUUUGGGCCGAGUACGACCCAGCUGCAUGUGGCCGUAUCAAGUACCUCGAUAUGUAUCAGAUGCUGCUCCACAUGUCCCCACCCUUAGGUUUGGGAAAGAAAUGUCCACCAAGAGUCGCCUACAAGCGUCUCGUCAAAAUGAACAUGCCCAUCGCUGAUGACAACACUGUCCACUUCACCUCCACCUUGAUGGCCCUGAUUCGCACCGCCUUGGAGAUCAAACUGGCCUCAGGUAUGGUAGCCCAGCGAUUAUGUGAUGCUGAAUUAAAGAAGGAGUUGUCCACAGUGUGGCCCAGCCUUUCUCAAAAGACCAUGGACCUGUUGGUGACGCCACAUAAACCCAAUGAACUGACAGUAGGAAAGGUUUAUGCAGCCCUGAUGAUCUUCGACUACUAUAAGCAGAAUCGAGCGAGGAGGCUGCAGCUGCAGCAGCAGCAACAGCAGAGCACAUCAGGCUCCCAGUGCAAGGUCGGGGCUCUGUUUAAGCCAUUGCUGCCUCUGACUCACAUGCAGGAGAAAGGUCUGCCUAUGAUGUUAAACAGUGUGGAGCCUCCCAGUAUGCUUCAGGCUCAGCCCAAAUCCAUUGCCAAGUCCCAGCCACAGACCAGACCUAGCUCCAACUCUCUCAACAAUGGAGGCACGCUGCCAGGUCAUGACCACAUCAAGGCAUCAUCUUCCUGGGUGAUGGAGAAACCCAAGGAAGCACUCCGAGCUAAGGCUAAGAGAACGAUGUCCAGGGGUCCAUCAGAGGACAUGCAGGACGCUGCCAUUACUCAGGAGUCUGUGGAAAUGACGAAGAUGGAGACCAGUGCCAGCAGUACAAUCCCAGUCCCCGGCUCUGGUCUGGAGUACCAGGGCAGAGCCGCUUCUAUGCCUCGACUCAAUGCUGAGCUGCAGCGGAGCCAUUCACGCCACUCUCCAGGGAUCCAUCUAGCCUCUGUCCCUGAUGCCAGCCCAAUGAAGAGAUCAGCCUCCACGGUGGCCCCACAGCGACCCCAGGAGGUCAACCUGAGGGACUACACCCUGGAGAAACCCAGCCAAGAUCGACCCCACCACCAUCACCAUCAUCACCGCUGCCACCACCGUAAAGAUAGAGAUAAAGACAGAGAGAAGAGGCAGAGGUCUUUGGAUACACCUCUGGGUGGACAACCGCUGGGCUCUGCUGCUACACCAGGAGAACAAACAUCUGACCCAGCUGCCUCUAGAAAGCGAACUCACGACCGCGGACGUUCCCAUGAGAGGAAACACCACCAUUCCUCGGCGGAAAAGCAGCGCUACUACUCCUGUGACCGCUACUGCAGCCGGGAACACUGCCACACCAAAUCUGCCACUGCCAGCUGUGCUGCCUCCCCCAUCGAGGGGCAGGAAAUCAGCACCAAGCAGGGCAGUGGUUGGGUUAAAGGCAGCCCAGUGGCACUGAGCUCCAGUUCUAGCACGCCAAGCCGCGGACGUCGGCAGCUCCCCCAGACCCCCCUCACCCCGCGGCCCGGGGUGGCCUACAAGACUGCCAAUUCAUCCCCCGUGCACUUUGUGUCCAGCCAGGCCUCUCUGAGUCCCGGCCGGCUGAGCCGUGGCCUGUCGGAGCACAACGCACUCCGGCACAGCGGCUCCCGCCACUUCCCCUGCCCUGUCACUCGUAUCAGCUCCGAGCCCUUCCUGGGCCAAGGCCACGAUGCGGCCCUGGGCAGCCUCUACAGCAGCCUCCGGGACCAGCUGGACGUCUUCCAGGAUGCGGCGUCACGGACGCCAAGCCCCCACGUUGGACGCUCAUCUCGGACCGAACUGCCUCGCAUGAUGGGAGCCCUGCUUCCCGCUCCGCAGCAGAACCUUGGGGUGCCCAACGGGUACCACUUCAGCUUUGGGGGCAGCACCAGCCCAGGCUCUGACAUCAGGGCACCCAGGUAUUACCAGGAGGCAGAGGAGGACGAAUGGUGCUAGCAUGGCUUUAAACCAACCUUUUUAAUGCAUUUUUGAGGAAUUGUGAUGAGUUUUAUCAUCUUCUUUGAAGGCUUUAGUUUACAUUGUCACUGUGUGUGUUUAAUGCUGUAUUUGAAGCCUAACUUGGAGAGCUAAGACCAUCGAAACAGGGAGAAAGCUUGAAAUGAGUAAUAUUUGAAUGUGAACAAUAAAGUGUCAUCUUUAUCAAAGGGCAUGUAGCAUUAUGAAACAGAAAAGUUGACUUUUUGUCAAGAUUAAAUGUCUUACAGUUGCUUGAUUUGCUUUGACUUCAGUGGUUUGUUGACACCACUAUACUGAUCCUCAAACAGUACUGCAUUAAAAACAAAGACUGUAUACUAUAUAUUUAAGAAGACUUUGGAAGAAAAGUGAAAAUCCAAUGAAAUCUUCCAGUCUGUAUUCCAGGGAAACCAUUCAAGUUAACACAUUGCUGUUCUGCUGUUUCACGUGAGGGUAAUUUGUUUCUGAUUACUGAACAACGCCGCUUUAUUCACAUUAGAGUCCCCCCCUGAAAAAAAAGAAAAAAUACAAAAACUUGAUCUGCGCUUGCUGCUUUGCUCCAAAUAGGAUUCUUAGGGGUUAGGAAAACCUUCAUGACUUAAUUUUGCUGCUAGCAAUGUUCAAAAACUUUUCAAUACCUUCAUUAUUUUAUUCCUGCACAACAAGAUUUAUGUGUCAGCUUAUAACGCCAAUAAGGUAAGAUGUUAGCAGAUGGUUGCUUAGUGACAGUCACUGACAGGUGUAAAGCAACAAAAGCAUUCAUUCGAAGUUGUGUUUCUGAUUACUUGAGAAUUUGGGUUCAAUACUGACUCACAUCUUAGCUCUGGUUUGGUCUCCAUUGACUCCAGAGGAAAAUUAGCUGUUUCUUUAGCUAGUAAAUGCUCCACUAUGUCCACCAGCUAGACUCUAACUUUGUCUGCCUGCUGUUUGCUGCUGAGCAGAUGGUGUACAGCAGGUGUAUUACACCUUUUUCACUGAAAAGCUGUCUGCUGCUAACCCUAAUGGCUAAAGACCCUAACCCGGGGCUCUAUUAAGGGAAUAGCACCACACUCAAGGUGAAUUGUGCUUUCUUUAUAAGAUGGUUAACAGACAUGUCACCAUCUUUCACAUUAUUAUCACAGCUAACAGCACAACAUACCAUGUAACAGACCAUUUAUUUUUAAAGCUGUAAGUCAAAUUACUUCUGAAGUAUGUAUGUUUGAGAGUCAGUAUGGCAGUUUCAGCAGAAAGUGAUGGCACUGCAAGUCACGGAAACCGAGCAAAAAGCAGGUCAGUACUUCAGUGAAAUGAUUUAAAAUGUUUCAAAUGUUUGAAAAACCUCAAAGACAUUCUGACACUGUACAAGCAGCUGUGUUGUUCUUUAUUUUAGGACUCUACCAUUCCAUGAUGAUGCCUAAUCCUUUAUGACAUUCCCUUUGUGUCAGUCGAACAGAUUAAGUGCUGUCACACAGACAGCGAUGAUUGUUUUGUCUGUUAAACGUUUCUUGCAAACCUCAAGACAGAAGCAACGCAUGGUCUUGUAAAGUACCCGACUGACUGAUUUGUUUCUAUAAAAAUUUCCUUGUAGAUGUUCUCUUUUCAUUGUGUGCAUUUUUUUGUAUGACAUGGGGAAAAAAAAACAGUUGCGUUUUAUGUGAUGUGGACUGCUUACAGUUUGCCAUCGUUUCAGGUCUAAUGUUUCUUACAGACUUCUUGCGAUGUAAGACAAAGUGCCUAUCCUUUUAGAUAUACUGUAGAAAAAGAUGCAAUGUCAGCUGUUUUCUAAUGCAUCCACACUUGAGUAGAUGUUUGGUUCAUUCUGUAUGUAGCUCUGCAGGAAAACAUGUUGUACAGGAAGCCUUAUCUGCAAGCAGAAAAAUAAUACCUACAGUACACUUAAAAGACAGGAAUGAAAAAAUGACAUUGUGAAAGUGAAUUAUUUUUCUUGUUUUUGAUAAACCAUAAAGUCUUUUUAUGGGUGAGAAAGAAUCAAUAUUGUGGAAACGCUAUGCGAGCAUUUAACAACUAUGAAAUCUGCAUAAAUAUAUCAAUCCAGUUACAUUAAUGCCAGUAACACAGUGUGCAUGUUUAGAAUCUAGACCUGGUCAGCUAGCUGCUAUGACCACCAUUUAUUUUAUUUAAUUUUAUUUUUUGGAUAUUGCAGAGUGCGUGUUAGUCAGCUGGAGUCCGAAGCAGCAGGGGUUAAACUGUGUGUACUUUCUGACUUGGGACGCACAGUAGCAAAGGGUGAUCCAGUGUGACUCCAAGUUCUGUGUCGACGUGCGUAUAUGGAUUAAAACUAACACUUGUAAACAUCAGGUCUUGCUGAUAUAUUUUGCAUUUCUAGGUGUAGUUUGUUGUUUCAUGUUUUCUGUUUUUUUUAUUUCAUUUUUACCACAUUCGUGGAAAACUGGCAGAAAACUGAUGUUGCAAUGUCAUGCCAAGAUAUGUCCAGCAGCUACUAUACCAUGGAGAGAAAUCUAUUUCAUUCAUAUUAUAGACUUUGGUGCCAGAGCUGCCAGUCUGCACCAGUAUUCAAAAUUCACACACACAGGCAGAGUGACUAACUUCUCCAUCCACAUGAGCAACAAUAGCAUUAUUAGCUGUGUACCAACUCCAUACCACAUACUAACUCUUAGCUGGUUUUGGAUAUGCAGUGUCUUCAUGAUGAAAAAAUAAAAAGUAUUCUCAUAGAUGUCAGUAU